AUGCUGCGUACCUUGGUGAGAGCGUAUUCUACUUCCGUGGGGACUUCAUCGAUACGAUCAGCUCCAGCGGUCUCGGCAUUAAUAGCCAAUAUCCCGUACCUUAAAGCCCCGAGUCUCGACUCGGCCUAUGAUCGAGCCCACGUUGGCAACGUUCAACGCCAUCUCCGGGACGCUGGCGUCCUUAAACUUAGCCUCAAUUUCGAUGACAAUGAUUCCCACUACCUAACUAAUCUCAUUCAUGGACUGCAUAAAUGGUACGGCCAUGGCCUACCCAUCACCCAUUCUGCUCAUCGCGGUUGGUACUGGGAUAUCCGACCCAGUAAAACAGGCUUCCAAUGUCCGGAUCAUCAGGCAAGAUCAGAGACCAUGAACGAGUUCCCCUGGCAUACCGAUUGCAGCUACGAGGCAUCGCCGCCGCGAUACUUCGCACUCCAAGUUCUUCACCCGGACAAUUGUGGCGGCGGCACGUUAUCCGUACUGAAAGUAGACAACCUACUCAAACUACUUUCAGAAUCGACUAGAGCCGCCCUAGCAAGGAAGGACUAUCUCAUUACCGUCCCACCUGAGUUCCGGAAAACAGACAGCAAGGAUGAGUCCAUUAUUGGUAGUCUGCUCGCCCCGGACCGGGAAUCAGGGAGCCUCGCUCUGCGAUUCCGAGAGGAUAUCUUCACGCCCUUGACGGGGGAGGCGGGAAUUGCGCUGGAGGAACUCAAGUCUGUCCUGCUGGGUCCGCAGGCGCAGGCUGAGGUUGUAUAUCUUACUGCGGAGAUGAUGCCCAGGGGGUCAAUUAUCAUCAUGGAUAAUCGGCGGUGGUUACAUGGGCGGAAUGAGGUUAAGGAUCCGCGGAGGCAUUUGAAACGUGUAAGAUGGGAUGCGAAGCAGUUUGGUCUUGAUUAG